AUUAAAUCAAUAUCAUGUAUCAACCUGCAGAUAGAGAAAAGAUUGAACUUUACAUCUCGGCACGUAAACUUGCUAAUAAAGAUAUCAUUUCUGAUAGUGAUCCUAAAUGCAAAGUUUAUCUAAGAGAUUUUAAUGGAGUUGAAAAAUACAUUGGUUAAACAGAAGUACUUAAAAAUAAUCUUAAUCCUGAUUGGAAAGUAUUUCAAUAUUAUAUUAGACAACAAUAUAAAUGGAUUUCAUAUUUGAAAUCAAAUAAGAACUUAGAUUUGAAGUUUGGGAUAAUGAUGAUGGAAGUAUUGACAAAGAUGAUUUAAUUGGUGUUGUUAAUGUAUCUUGUUAUCUCCUAUAUAUUUUUUAGACCACUGUAGGAGAGAUUAUGGGAUCUAGAAAUUAAGUUUAUACUGGAUAAUUAAAAUUAAAGAAUAAAGCAUCAGGAACUUUAUUAGUUAAAAGUGAUAAAUUGAAAAAUGACAAUAGAUUUAUAUUCUGGUAAUGGUAAGGAAAAAAAAUCAAGAAUGUAGAUGGUUGGUUUGGAAAUUCAGAUCCAUUCUUGAGAUUUUAUAAACAAUAAGGAAAUGAUUGGUUAUUUGUUCAUGAAACUGAAUUUUGUAAAAAUAAUGAAAACCCUCAUUGGAAACCAUUUGAAAUCUCAAUGGCUAAAUUAAAUUCAGGACAUACAUAAUAGUAAAUAAAAGUAGAAUGUUAUGAUAACUAAACAGAUGGAAAACAUUAAUUUAUAGGUGAAACUUUAUUUACAAUUCAUUAAAUUGAAAAUGAACUAAAAAGAGAAUUCAUAUCACUUUCUAAGAAAGGAGUAAUAUAUAUUAAAUAAUAAUAUUUAGACAAAUCAUGGAUUUUUGUAAUUAACUUAAUAUAACUUAUUUGUUAAACCAACAUUCAUUGAUUAUAUAAAAGGAGGAGAAUAAAUUAAUCUAAUGAUAGCUGUUGAUUUUACAGGUUCUAAUGGAGAUCCAAAAUCUCCAAAUUCUUUACAUUAUAAUAAUCCAAAUUAAAUGAAUUAAUAUUAAUCUGCACUUUAUUAAGUGUCAGAAAUAUUAUUAAAUUAUGAUUUUGAUAAGAAAAUACCUAUGUAUGGAUUUGGAGGAGUUCCUCAUUUUCCAAAUUAUUAAAAGAAUGAAGCAGAUCAUUGGUAUUAGUGUUUAAUUUGAUUAUAAGUUUUCCUUUGACAGGUAGUUUCUAAUAGCCAGAAGUUUUUGGAUUAGAAGGAAUUAUGGCUUAAUACAGUGGUGCUUUAUAGCAUGUAACUUUAUCAGGACCAACAUAUUUCGCUCCAAUAAUUUAAUAUGCGUGUUAAACAGCUUAAUAAAAUAUUAACAAUAAUAUUUAUACAGUUCUAAUGAUAUUAACAGAUGGAGAAAUUCAUGAUAUGAAUUAAACUAUUUAAUUAAUCAAAGGAGCAGCUAAGAUUCCUCUAUCAAUAAUUAUCAUUGGUGUUGGAGAUGAAAAAUUUUAACAAAUGAAAACACUUGAUGGAGAUAGUGGUCCAUUAAAAGGUUAAUGUGUAAGAGAUUUAGUAUAAUUUGUACCAUUUAAAGGUUUUAAAUAAUAAGGGGAAUUAGCAAAAGAAGUUUUAGCUGAAUUACCAAACUAAUUAGUUGCAUAUAAAUAACUAUUAGGAUUGUAACCAUUAAAAGCUGCAGAUGUUCAUCUAAGUCAAAUGAUGUGAAAUUUAUAAAAUAAAAG